UUAGGAAAGAUGAAUGAACCUCCCCUCUCAGUGUGGUUCUGCUAAAAAACUCCGAGCCUCAGUGAGUCACAGCUGCCUGGAAACAGUUUCAUAUAUCCAGUCUCUACCCGAGAAGACGAUCAUUGACUCAGGAGCAGCCUGCAGCACAGAAACGCACCGCGCAAAAGGCUCAUUUUACGCGUAACAAAAAAAAAUCCAUGCAUUGUCCAAAAAACGUUGCGUAACUGAAACUGAUAUCAAACAAAGCUGCCGCAGAUCUCCUCUGGGAUCCGGACUUGACUCGAGGAAAAGUAAAGAUUUCGGCUUGUGAGGACUUGUGGAAGAAACAAAAUGUCUAAACCUAAUUACUCCGGCAGGUUUGAUAUGGUGGAGCAGGAUAAUAUGGACGCCUACCUUGAAGCUUUAGAUAUUAAUUUUGCCCUGAGGAAGAUUGUGUGUCUGUUGAAGCCCACCAAAGAGAUCACCCAUGACCCGGCCACAGGAGACAUGAAGAUCCGCACCUUAACCACUUUCAAGAAUUUCAACAUGGAUUUCACCAUCGGGAAAGAAUUCACUGAGGAUCUGGGCCCAGUGGACGGUCGUACCUGUCAGACUACAGUGAGCUGGGAAGGAGACAAACUGAUCUGCGUGCAGCGAGGAGAGAAAGAAGGACGAGGUUGGACACACUGGCUGGAGGGUGACAAGCUGCAUUUGGAGAUGAGAGUUCAAGGCAUCGUGGCCAAGCAAGUCUUCAAGAAGGCUGAUUAAAGUGACUGAAAAUUUCUUUUAGUGAGUUUAUUCUUAAUAGAAUAUAGUUAAGGACGUGGUACAAGAUUUGAAUAAUGUUUAUAGUUUGUUUCAAUUGUAAUCAACAUUAUUUUGAAAUUCCACAAUAACACUGAAUGUCUGUGAAAUACUGAACAUCGACGUGAUAAUUGUUCUCGUGUGAUGGUACUAACUGAGAAGAGAGCGGCAAAGCAGAAUGACUUGUGUAAACGUUCCCUACAUACUUCCUCAUAUUGCAAUAUCUAUCUCCACUAUGUUAUAAACAAAUCAUACAACU